AUGAGUAGCUUAAAUUUAGAUUUUUAUAUAAAUAAACAUCGAAAAGCUUAUGAAGAACGAUUAAAAAAAGAACAAAGCAAUCAAGAAAAUUCAAAAGAUUCGGAAAAUAAAGAGAACCAAAUAAAUGAACCGACUAAACAGGCUAGUGAUGUUACAAUUCUGAAUAAAAUUAAAGAUAAAACAAUUCCAGAACCGAAAACUGAAAAUUUUUCGAAUUCAGAUGAAAAGCACCUCGACCAAGUUGACACGGACUAUUUAUACGCCUUGAAAUUAAAUGAGGCAUUAAAUGGAGUGAGUGACAAAUCAAUAAAGUCAAAAUAUGAUAAAAUAAUUAAUGAUGUAAAUAAAUUAAAUAAUGAAGAAACAAAUAAAGAUGAUGAAAUUCGUGUCCCAGACGAUUUUUAUGUAGAAUGUCUUUUAGAUGAUAAUGAUACACAUCCAUAUUAUAUGGAUUACAAUUAUAAUAAUUUCAUUUCAAAUUUGAAUUCAAAUUCGAAUCUUAAUUUAUUUAAUAACACAACAGUAGUGCGUCAAUAUAAUACUAGAAAUAGUAGAAACCGUAGAAAUGUUAGAACUGUCAGAAACGGCAUAGAUGUAAAUGGCAUAGAUGUAAACGGCGUAGAUGUAAACGGCAUAGAUGUAAACGGCAUAGAUGUAAACGGCAUAGAUGUAAACGGCAUAGAUGUAAACGGCAUAGAUGUAAAUGGCAUAGAUGUAAAUGGCAUAGAUGUAAAUGGUAUAGAUGUAAAUGAUGAUGAUUUUAACUGUUGUACUAAUAAUUUGAUAAAUUUUCGAAACGAUAAUGUUGAUUAUAACAUAAUUUCUUCUAAUUCUGAUGAAGAUAAUAUGAAUGUGGAAAAUAAAAAAAAAAAUAGUUUUAAAAAUGAAGAUUCAAAAUAUAUAAACGAAAAUGUAAAUGAUGUUGAUUUUAUUUAUAUAACAGAUGAUAAUGCUCCACUAUCCUCAACACCAAAACAUAAUAAUUUUAAACACAAUGUCAAAAAUACAAGAGAUGAAAAUAAAACUAAUAAUGAUGUUAUAUAUAUUUGUGAAAAUGAAUGUAAUGGUGAUCGAGAUAAAAUUUAUCCAAUUAAUAAUAGAAAGAGAAAAGAUAAUGAAGGAGAUGAUGAAUAUUCAUAUAAAAAUCUAAACGAAAAUGAAAAUAAUAGAAAAAAAAAAUCUCAAAAAAAAAAUAUAUAUGAGAUUAAUAAUGAAUAUUUUAACAUAAGACAAAAUGACUGUAAUGGCGAAGAAAAAAAUUAUUCUAACGACAAUUUAAUUCACCAAAAUUUUACCAUUAUAGAUAAUGUGGAAAAUGCAGAAAAUGCAGAAAAUGCAGAAAAUAGUUUUGAAUACAUAUCCAAUGUAUACAAUUUAAGUGAAGACAAAUAUGAAAAUAUUUCAGAAAAAAAACCUAAAAAAAGUAGUAAAAGAGAAAUUCCAGAUGCAGUUAAUGCAUAUCAUUCAUCUUCUAUAUAUUCCUUUAAAACUAACAAAAACGAACAAAUAUAUACACAUCCCAAUGGUGGUAAUUACUUACUGAAUGAAACUCAAAACAUAUUAAGUGAGGAAUACAAUGAUAAUGUCGAAAAUGUGGAAAAUGUGGAAAAUGCAGAAAAUGCAAAAAAUAAUUAUGAAAAAAGUUUAAGCAAACAUAUCAAUACAGUAAAAAAUAUAAAUUGUUUAAAUAAAUAUAAAGAUGAAUAUGAUUUCCAUAAAAUUGCGAAUAUUAAUUUGAGAGGCCAUUAUUUAACUGAAAAAGAUUUCACUUUUGAUAUGAAUGAAAAUUGUUUAGAUAAUUCGACUUAUAAUGGAGAUGAAAACAAAGCUGUAUAUGAAAAAAACAAUGCUGUAUAUGAAGAAAACGAUGCUGUAUAUGAAGAAAACGAUGCUGUAUAUGAUGAUAACAAUACUAGUAACAUAAAAGAUAGUCUUAAAAAUCGAAAUUACAAAAAUAAUUCAGAAAGCUGUGAAACACACUUUGUAAAAGAUAUCAAUUUCGAUUAUUCUUUUUCUUCAAAUAAAAAUGAUGAUGUAUUAAUUUUUAAUAACAAUACAAAUGACCAUAAUAAUAAUUUAAAUAAUAGUCAUACUGAGGAUAUAUAUAAAUAUUAUAUAAGCUGA